GAGAUAUUGCCAUUGUUGAUGAUGGUGAUUGUACAGAUUGAGUUUGCAGGUAUGAACAUAUUUUCCAAGCUGGCCUUGGAUUCUGGCAUGAAUCCUUUCAUUCAUGUUGCAUAUCGCCAACUGUUUGCUUCUGUCACCCUCACACCAUUGGCUUACUUCAUAGAAAGACGAAAAAGGCCUCCAAUGACGCUGUCCAUUUUCAUCCAAAUUUUCUUCUGCUCCUUAUUCGGGUUGACGAUGAACCAAAUCACCUACUUUGUUGGUCUGAAGUACUCCACCCCAACCAUAGCGUGUGCAUUAUCGAAUCUACUUCCCGCACUAACUUUCGUCCUCGCCGUCAUUUUCAAGCAAGAAAGUGCAAAACUAAAGACAUUGGCUGGACAGGCGAAGUUGUUUGGAACAUUCAUUGGGGUUGGGGGUGCCAUGCUAUUAUCCAUGUACCAUGGACCAAUCGUACCCAUUGGUGAAUCGAGCAUUCACUUAACCAUUGCAGACAUGGCUAAAGAUCCGAACCAAAGUGGUCAAGGCAAUUCAAACCUUCUCGGACCGUUUCUAGUCAUCCUUAGCUCUUUGACGUGGGCCAUUUGGUUCAUCUUGCAAGCAAGAAUGUGCAACAAGUAUCCGGUGCCCUAUUCUAGCUCAGCCUUGAUGUUGUCCAUGGCUACUGUUGAAUGCUUGGCAUUUGGUUUCAUCAUGGAGCCACGCUUACAUGAAUGGUCGCUGUUUCCACCCAUCAGGGCCUUUUCAAGUAUUUAUGCGGGAGUUGUAUGUUCGGCUAUGGGCGUUUGCAUGAUGUCAUGGUGUAUCGAAAGAAAAGGCCCGCUUUUUGUUUCGGUGUUUAGCCCGUUGUUGUUGGUUAUCGUUGCAGCACUCAGCUGGGCUCUUCUGCGUGAGAAGUUAUACCUUGGAACAGUGUUAGGAUCAGUGCUGAUUGUGAUCGGACUUUAUGGUGUGCUGUGGGGAAAGAGUAAGGAAAUGGAGCCUCUGCAGCACCAAGAGGAAUUAAAAGACACCAAGGACGUCGACAUGGAAAUGCAGUGA